AUGAAGUUAUAUAAUGAAUGGAACAUUCAGGGUUUCGUUCUGUUAAGUCUUUCAAUACAAACUAUUCUGAUUCUGUUUGCACCAUUCAGAAAGCGAACAAAUAAUGCGUUCAUAAUCUUUCUGCUUUGGGUAGCUUACUUGGGGGCUGAUUGGGCUGCUAACUUUGGAGUGGGACUUAUUUCCAACAGUCAAAAAUUUUCACAGAAACAUGAUGAUGAUGCUGACAUUCUGGCUUUUUGGGCUCCCUUUCUUUUGUUACACCUUGGUGGUCCAGAUACCAUUACUGCUUUUGCUCUGGAGGAUAAUGCCCUCUGGCAAAGGCACUUGGUGGGGCUCCUAAGCCAGGUUGCUGCAGCCAUUAUUGUGUUCGGCCAAUCCUUUCCGAGAAACAGAUUAUGGGUCCCUACUGUUCUUCUGUUUGUCGCUGGAACCAUCAAAUAUGGUGAGCGAACGCGUGCUUUGUUUCUUGCGAACCUUAAUAGAUUCCGAGAAUCCAUGCUUAAAGAACCUAUCCCAGCGCCUUGCUAUGCAAAGCUCAUGGAGGAAUACACUUCGAUGAAGGGGGCCAAUCUCCCAGUUCAGAUAGAGUUGAUACCAGAACCUAAUAUAUAUUCAGAUACAGGACAUUAUAAUGAUGAUGAUGAUGUCGAUGAAGGCAUGCUGGUUGAUGUUGCGGCGGUGGAACAUGCUUAUUCCUUCUUCAAAAUCUUCGACGGUCUCAUCGUGGAUCUCAUCUUUAGUUUCCGCGAGAGCGAUGACAGCCGACCGUUUUUCCGUCGGAUACAUCCGCGAGAUGCCUUUAAAGUGCUUGCAAUUGAACUCAACUUCAUCUAUGAAACUCUCUAUACAAAGGUUGCCGUGGUGCAUUCAAUGGUUGGAUACAUUGUUCGGUUUAUAUCCUGGUUGGCGGUUAUGGCUGCCUUUUCAACCUUCUAUUGUUUAGAUAAGAAAGUUUUUCGCAGGAUUGAUGUUGGAAUUACCUAUACCUUGCUCUUUGGUGCCAUAGGCUUGGAUACAAUUGCUCUCUUUACUCUGGUUUUCUCAGAUUGGACUGCUGCUUCCAUCAGGAAGCCGUCGAGGUAUAAUUGCAUUGCAGCUAUAAAGAAAUUGUUCUGCCCGCUCCUCCAAAAAUUUCUCAAUCUCAAGAGGAUAAAUUGGACAGAUACAAAAUCAACAAGUGUCAUGGAUUGCGCUAGACGAAGCCUACUCCGGAGGUGGUCUGAAUCUCUGCAUCAAUACAGCUUGAUAGAUUAUUGCCUGGAAGAACGUCAUCAUGAAAAGAAUUAUUUCAUUUAUGUGAUUGAUGAAUAUUUGGGCCUUAAGGAUAUCUAUGAUAUGAAAUACGUUUCCCGGAAAACAUUUACAGAAGGGCUGUGGGAUUUCAUCUUUGAUGAGCUGAAAAUGAAAUCCAGUCCCGCAGAUGAUCCUGAGACUGCGAAGAGGAUAUGUUCAGUACGAGGAGAAUCGGCUCUACAGAAAGCCGGAAACACAAAGUUGUUGCGUUAUAUUGUGGACGUUGAGUACGAUCAGAGCCUUAUAUUAUGGCAUAUUGCUACAGAAAUCUUGUAUCAUACGGAGAGUUCGAAUGAAGAUGCCAACACUACUCAACGUGACAUUUGUAAGACCCUGUCGGAUUAUAUGUUAUAUCUUCUAGUUAUGCGGCCUACGAUGAUGUCUGCUGUAGCAGGAAUUGGCCUAAAAAGAUUCCACGAUACCUGUACUGAGGCCAAACACUUCUUCCAACGUAAGGUCAACAUAGGAGAAAACCAAGAACAGGCUUGUGCUAAAAUCCUUGAAGUAGAUACUGAUGUGGAACCCGUUGCUGUGAAUGGAGACAGAAGCAAAUCUGUGCUGUUUGAUGCAUGUAUUCUCGCCAAAGAGCUAAGAAAUUUGGAGGCGGAUAAGAAAUGGAAGCUAAUGAGUGAAGUGUGGGUGGAAUUGUUGUCUUAUGCUGCAAGCCAUUGCAGGGCCAAUACUCAUGCUGCUCAACUAAGCAAAGGAGGAGAGCUUAUCACAUUUGUAUGGUUAUUAAUGGCUCAUUUUGGCACAGGCGAUCAGUACCAAAUAAAUAAGGGAGGCCAACCAAGAGCAAAACUGAUUGUGGGUAAAUAA